UCGUCAUUCGUCAGUGUCACACGUCACAUUUUACUCUUGUCGUUUUCCUUUUGCGGGAUAAAUACAUAAACAUUCUCGCUUUUAAAUUUAGCGAUGAUUUAAACAUUUUAAUAAAAGUGAUUUUUUUUAAUACGUUGUGACAUUGUCACUACAAUAUGUUUCUUAUUCACCUUCAUUAUUCGAAUGCAACUAGUUAGUGAGUGUUUUUAAUUGCAUUGUGCUACUGUAAAAAAUGGAUCAUCCGUGAAAAUUCGAUUGUAAGCAGUAAUGACUGAUUUAAUAGUGCCUCGCGGCGAUACAUUUCCUCGAUCUUUUUUGGACACAUAUCGUGCGAAUAAAAAUGAACCACUUUACAAUGAAUUGACCUCUAGUAAAAGUGAUGAACUAGUUCUGCAGAACUCUAUGAGCAUCCCGGUUUCUGAAGAGAUCCACCAUGGACGUUCAGAAAAUUUAUUAGAUGUGACAACAGGUUCAGCUUCUUCGACAGAAUAUUUGGAUAAGCAAGAGAUUGCUUUGCCAAAGACUCAUAGAAGAAUACCUGUCUAUGACCGAGUUGAUCCCGAAGAUAGUAUCAGAGAUAUUGUCACUGAAAAUGAUUUUUACAGGUUUGUUUUAUUUAAAAAACACUAUGACAAAUAUUUACACUUGUCACAGAAGUAUGAAGAAGCCAGGAAUAUAGCUUAUUAUUUGGAGGAAAAAUAUCAUGAGGUUAAGACGGAAAGGGAUGAUCUCAUUAAGCAACGGGAUCAAUUAACAAGAAAAUUAGAAUCUAAUGAAUCGUUGCUAAGAGAAAAGGAAGAUGAAGUUUUUUUACAGUUUGAAAGGGUUGUUUACCUAGAAGAGCAAUGUGAUAAGAUAAGAGCCGAAAAAGAAAAAUGCGAGGAGAAAAAGGAACUGAUAGUAAAGGAGAGAGAUAAAGCCUUGAGAAUGCUUCAUGUUCAAGCGAAUGAAUCGGAAUAUAAUAGAAGAAAAUUGGAAAAGGCUCGACAAGAAGUUGUUACUCAUAUGACAAGAAUCAAGAACGAGAAAGAUACUUUGGAAAGAGAGAAUGAUCAACUGAAGGAGGAAUUAGAAGCUGAACGCAGAGGCUUGGGAAAAUACUUAAUUCGAGGAAGGCAACUGAAUGAUGAUCUAUAUUGUAUGGAGAAACAGGUGGAAGACUUAAAGUUGAUGGAACAUUCGAAUAGUGCUCUAGCUUCUCAAUUUCAAAAGGCUGUGCAACAUCUUGCAACUUGUAGACUGAAAAAGUGCUCAGUUUGUGCUUAUACAAAAACUACCUAUAGAAAAAUGUCUCCUAAUGGCCGCAAAUAUGACCGAAAAUUAUUUGGUUGCCUUCAAGCACCCUUCCUAGAAAUGCGCAACAUGAUAAAACCACCUCCAUCGCCGAUCCACGGAGAGGGCGAAAGUCUUUCAGAAUGGUUCUGUCACAUGGACGGUACACCACAAAGUGACUGCUCAUCAUUAAGUGUUCCAUUUGCUGAGCUGUCGAUCUCUUAUAUGGACGAUGUCUCGGACACUUCCAGUUACGGCAGAGACGACGAAAAGGACGAUCAAGAAAGACUGAGCCGAGGAAAUUGUAGUAGUUUUAGAAGAUUUGGCAGCGAUUCCGGUUUUUCAUCUGACAUUUGCGCCGACUACAAGAGCAAUGCGACAACGCCAAAAGAAAAGUUUUGUCCGAACGCCGUUUUGGACGAAGCCGACUGUGCCAAGCUCACCAGAACAAAAUGGACGGCAUCUUUCAGAAAACUAAUCCGACGUAUCAAAAAGUAAUUUUUUUAAUAUUAAUCUUCGUAUUUUUUUUAUAUUAAUGUUCAUGUAUGUGUUAAAAAGAUAUUCAGAAUAAUUUUAUACAUACAUUUUUGUAUAGUUACAUUCCAAUUAUUAUUACAGAUUUUGAAUAUUUUUUUAAAAAAUUAGUUAUUAGUUUUUUAUGAUAUUAAGGUACAAAGCAGUAUUGUAAAAUCAUUUUUUAUUUUAACUUCAUUCUCAUUUUAUUCAUUUUAACUUUUAAGAUUCAAACGUUGUAUUAUAAAUAUUUUAAGUGAAAAAAUCCCGACGAAAAAAUGGAAUUGCAUCAAUUUCAGUAUUUUAUAUUGGUGGUUACUGUUGUUGUUUUUUUUUAAAUGCCUUUUUAUUUAGUAUUACUGCGAAUAUAUUCAUUUUGCCUCAUUUAGAGUAGCUUGUAGGUAUAUAUAUUUUUUUUUUGUAAAAGCACAAUUAAUGCCUUUAAAAAUGUUUUGGAUUCAUAUAAAUUCUGAUAUAAUAUACCGCAAAAAUCUUAUACGGAAUUAAGAAGAACUGAAUAAUAUUGCAGUAUAAAGAGGGAUUUGGAAUAGAAGAAUCCUCUAGCAUUGCUUGGCGCUUUCGUUGCUAUGCAUUUUCGGCUGAAAAUUAGAUAAUAACCCCCGAUUUUUACUUUUAAAAAAUGUAAUCGACAUACUGUCCUUUGCGUUUGAUUGUUCUAACAAAUCGAGGUUGAACAGCAUCCUCAUCCAAACGACAUAUAACUUUUAACCUCCUUUUCAAAAUUGCUCUUUAUUUUGCCCCACCCUAUAAUAAAAAUACGUGUAUUACAUAGGAAAUUAAAAUAAUUUUAUUUUUUUUUUUUUGUAAAAUGUAUAAUGUUCUUGAUUUCAUAAAAGGUUUUCGAGAAAAAUGUUGUUAGACCGCUUAAUAAUAAUUAUUGUAGGUAAUUCGAAAUUUAGCUAAUACAAAUUUUAUAUAGAAAUGUAUUAUUUGUUUAUAUAGUGGAUAUAGAUGUGGACGUCAAUAGAUACAUUUUAUAAUUAGAGACAGGGUAUUUAAGAAAAUAAUAUGUUGGCGACAAAAAAUGAUUUCAAGAGUAUGUAAAAUUCGUAUUUGUAAAGAAAUAUCAGUAUUUAAAAAGUUUUUCUGUCUCAAUUUUUGUGAGAUUUUUAAUUUUAAUACCAGGCAAAAUUCAUCGUCCCCAUUUAUCUAGAUCAUACUCUCUUGUCCCCUUUUGUGUCUAGUAUUUGUAUUAAACAUUUGUUUUUCUUCAUUUUAAUAUUGUUAUUUACAGUUUUAUUUCUUUUCAUCGAUUCGUGGAGAGAAUUAAUUAUAAUCUGAUGAAUUUUCAUUACAAAAACGAAUUGACUCGAAAUUUUAAAACUAGGAAUUAAUAUGAAAUUUUAUCAUUGUUAGUUAUAAGAUUUCAAUCGUAUUAAUACGUCUUGAAGUAAUAUUUGGACUGGUAUCCUAAAGAAUUGAUAAUUUUAUAUCAAAUCGACUAUAUAUUUAUGUCACUUAAAAAAAAAAGUUAACUACUAUGUUCCAAGCGCAUUUUGUUUGUAAAAACUUCUCUUAAAUACUUUUUGCUUUAUGUGUUUAUUUUUUAACAUUUUUAUUCGAUAAAUUUUGUAAAGUUCAUAAAAACGAAUAGAAAAAUAAUUUCAUUUGAAGCAUUAGAAAGAAAAUAAAAUUGAAAAGUAAGUAAGAGAAGAGUGCUCAGAAUUUCAGUUCCAAGUUUGCAGAGGCAGCUACAGUAAAUAGGUAGAAAGUACUUAAUACGCUGAGCUUUAUUAUUUUGAUAAAAAAAAAAGAUACAUAUUGGUUUGGUUAGAUUUGACUUAAUAAUGCAUUUAGAAAUAGUGGAAAUUUGAAGGGUUUUAAAAUAUUAUCUUUAUCGUUUUUAGUUCUUAUUUUGAUUUUACAAUGUUUUAUUUUCAUCCAAUUCCUACUAAUUAAAAUUUGUAAUAUAAGUAAAUUAUAUUUUUUUUCUUUUUAAAUCAUGUAUUUUGAAAUUUUCAACAUGGACAAUAAUAUAAUUCAAAAAUUAACAGCAAUUUUCACCCUCACAUCUAAUCCCAGACAUUUCAUAACACAAUAUUAUUUUCUUAAUGCAUUAUUGACUUUUCUAAAACUAACAAAUAUAUCUACAGAAUUCAUUUUUUGUAAAAGUGUUCAUUUUUAUUAAAUUAUGUAAAGGCUGCUGGUAAAAUUCGGGAUAGAAGAAUCGAAAAUAUUUAUUAUUAAAAAAUUAUUUUAUUGCUUUUAAAUAUUUUUUAAUGUAAACUACUAUAGCCACUAUGAGUAAAUUUGAAUUCUUGAUAUUACUAGCCUUAUUUUGUCAAUCUAAAAUAAUAAAUAUUGCUUAAAACUUCAGUUUAAUUAUUGUUUAUAGACCAGUUAAAUUAACUCAUUUAAAAGGAGAACCAAAGGAAAGUUAACUGGAUUUUGAUAAGUGUAAAUGGUAGAGAGGAUUGUAAUAAGUAAAAAAAAAAUAAAUGCAACCUGGGGGGUUCAAAGUUUUAGACAGUUGAAAAGGGAUAAAAACUGGUAUUAGUCAAAAACAAAAACGUUGUAGAUUAAGCAGAAAUCUACAACUUUUGUAGAGGUCACUUUUUAGCAUAACCUCAAAAAUUGACCCCCACAAAACCUGUAGAUUUUUGCUGGAUCUACAAAGUCCAGUUAACAAUUUUUUUCUCAAUAUUUAAUUUGACUUGAAAGUACACUGUAGUCCCGUAAUUUUAUUAGCAGCUUUCUAAGUUGAUUUUAUCGAGUGGUACAUUUAAACUACUCACUUAAAACGUUAUUAAACUACUAGAUACUUCCAAAAUUACUAUAUGGACGUUCCUGUGAAUACAAAAUGCAUCUGGUUAAUUUUGACUAAAGAAACAUUUGAACUACUCCAUUUAAACUUUAUGGAAAUAAUUUAGAUGCAUUAAAAAACUAGAAACGUUUUUUGCGAGUUUCAAACGUGCCUGGUUGAGUUUACCGACUAGUACAUUUGAACUACCCACUUAAAACGUGCUAGAAAACACCAAUAUGUCUCCAAAAAAAUAUCUGGUUGAUUUUGCCAAAAGGAACAUCGAAUUACCUUCUUGAUGGGAAGAAUUCAUAUUUAGCAAAAAAACUGAGUACAUUUCUUGUGGAUAUUAAACACAUACUUUCAAAACGUUCUUUAGGAAUAUUAAAAGUGUGGUAGAUUUUGCUGGAAGGUAUAUUUUAACUACUCCUUUAUAACUUGCUGGAAAACAUUUAGGUGUCUCAGAAAUACUUUGAAAACGUUCUUUAUGAAUAUUAAGUUUGUGAUAGACGUUGUUAAAAGGUACAUUUGAACUACUUGCUAGCAACUUACUGAGAAGCAUUAGGGCGCCCCAAAAAUACUCUUGAGAACUUUUUUAUGAAUAUUGAGUGGUAGAUUUUUCUGGAAGGUACAUUUGAUGUUCUUAUAACUUGCUGUAAGACAUUCAGGUGUAUAAAAGUACUCUGAGAACGUUCUUUAUGAUUAUUAAGAGUGUCUGGUAGAUGUUGCUGAAAGGUACAUUUGAACUACUUGCUUAUAAUUGGCUGGAAAACAUUUAGAUGUCUCAAAAAUACUUUGGAAACGUUCUUUAUAAAUAAUAAGUGUGUGGUAAGUAUUGUUAAAAGGUACAUUUGAACUAUUCGCUUGUGAUAUGUUGGUAAACAGUUAGGUGUUAUGUUCUUUAUGACUAUUAAGAGUGUCUAAUUGAUUUUACUGACAUGUACAUUUAAACUACUCCAUCAUUUAUACUAUAACGGUUUUCCUAAAUAAUUUAAUGAACUAUAUCAACAGUUAUUGGUACUAACAUUCUAAAAUGUAUCACGAAAUUUUACUAUUAACUAAAUUGUUGUUUUUUAAGUAAAAUUUAUUCAAUAUAUAUAGUAAUAUUACAAAAUGAACACUUAGAGAUUUAAAGUAUUUGUGAAAAAAGUAUUAUAUCUGUUAUUGUUAUGCACGAAUUUAUAAUAAGGUGCUUUUAUCGAAUGUCAGCAACACAGACAAUUCUAUAUAUAUGUUUAAGCUUAUUAUUGUAUUUAAGUUGCAUUUCUUAGCCACUGUUAGUAUAAACGAAAAAUUUGCCUUUGAGGUAGUAAGAGUAAGAAAGUGCUGAAAUGUCGUAUUAAAGACUUUAGAAAUCUAUAGAAAUUUGUUAAUACCAUAAUUAUGAAAGGUUUAUAAUGAAUUUACCGAAAUAUAAGUAAUACCGAUCUCAGUAAUGUAUUCAAAUAUUAAUUUUUCUAAAAUGUUUCCCUAUUAGUUUUACUAAUGUCUACUGAUCUCGAAAUUCAUAUUUUACUAGCUCACUAUAUUUUUCCAACUGAUGAUUCUUACUAAAUCAAAGAUAAACUUACAAUAUGCAACUCGUUUUUACACAUAUACAUUUUUUUGUAAUCGUUUAUACAUUCCACUGAUGCAGCAAUAAUAAUUAUUGUAAAUGUAUACAAACAGUUUCAAUCCACAGAAAAAUUUCCGUUUUUCAAUAUUGGUACCAUUUUCAAUGAUAAAAAUAUAAUGUGUUGAUUCUGUUGGAAAGUAAGGAACUUUGUAUACAUGUUUUAUCUAUAAUACAUCGGACUUGCAAUACGAAUGACACAAUCCGUAUUGAAAUGUCGAAAUUGUGAUACAUAACUGAUAUUUACAAGUUUGUAUUGUUAAUCUGAAAUAAAUCUCACUUUGUGAAAUUCAUUCAA